UGCCCCUUAGGCCUCCUGCCAGAAGAGAUCCUGACCCCCACACUCUACCAUGGCUACUACGUCCGGCCUCGGGCCGCCCGAGCUGGGGAGGGCAGCAGGGCAGGGGCCUCCGAGCUGAGGCUCAGUGAGGGCAAGUUCCAGGCAUUUCUGGACGUGAGCCACUUUACCCCGGAUGAGGUGACCGUGAGGACUGUGGACAACCUUCUGGAGGUGUCUGCCCGACACCCCCAGCGCCUGGACCGCCAUGGCUUCGUGUCCCGAGAGUUCUGCCGCACCUACAUCCUGCCUGCUGACGUGGACCCCUGGAGGGUGCGAGCAGCCCUCUCCCACGACGGCAUCCUUAACCUGGAGGCGCCCCGGGGCGGCCGUCACUUGGACACAGAGGUCAAUGAGGUCUACAUCUCCCUGCUCCCUGCACCUCCGGAUCCAGAGGAAGAGGAGGAGGCAGCGGGGUUUGAGCCCUGAUUGCCACAGACCCAGCACGCAGAGAAUCCCUUUCCACCUCCCACAGCGACAGGAGUUACUGCCCACCACUCCAGAGGUAGCGGCAUCCUUGGAGGAAGGGAAAGGCGCAUGGUCCACAAUGUAUGGUUUGGUCCCCUGGGACAUGUCGCAGCCUUGGGUUUAGCGUUGGGUGGAGCUGAAUAAACCCAACCAAAUCUCAGGGC